UUUACGUAUACUUUAUUUAACCCACUCACACAGACACCCCCGGCCCCCUUUCCUUCACCCCAACGGUAACUUCCCUCCCUCUCAUACCUGUCUGCCUACCUAGCUGUACGUCUAUCCUUCAACCAAUCAACCACCUCUUAACCCAACAUCUAUCAUAUCCAUAAACACAAAAUAACACAACUACUGUUUGUGUGUAGUUUUGUUAGCUAAUUAAAGAGAGAAACCAAAAACAAAAACAAUUAAGGAUGGAUUUUAGUUCGUUUUUAACCUCACUGGGUACUUCUUUUAUCAUAUUUGUGAUUUUAAUGAUAUUGUUUGCCUGGUUAUGUACUAAGCCCGGGAAUGAAGUCAUUUAUUAUCCGAACCGGAUAUUGAAAGGCAUGGAGCCAUAUGAAGGAUCCAGGUCCAAGAUCCGUAACCCCUUUGCUUGGAUCCAUGAAGCUAUUUCUUCUUCUGAAAGAGAUGUUAUCAACUUAUCUGGUCUUGAUUCUGCCGUCUACUUUGUUUUCUUAAGCACCGUAUUCGGGAUACUUCUUCUAUCGGGAAUUGUAUUACUACCGGUACUUUUGCCCAUUGCUAUAACUGAAAAUAACCCGGGUGUUAAGAAUUCUACUGGGAAGAAUGCUUUCCAAGAUCUUGACAAGCUAUCAAUGGCACACCUCAAAGAGAAUGGAUCACGGUUAUGGGCGUCUGUGGUAGCUUGUUAUUGGGUUUCGUUUGUCUCGUAUUUCCUUUUGUGGAAAGGAUACAAGCAUGUAUCUGAUUUGAGAGCUGAGGUACUUGCGUCUCCGGAAGUUAAAGCUGAACAAUUUGCUGUUUUGGUCAGGGACAUACCUCCUUCAUCUGAAGCUUCUUCUAAAAAGGAACAAGUUGACACCUUCUUCAAAAGAAUAUAUCCUGAUACAUUUUACAAAUCAAUGAUGGUAACAGAUAACAAAGCAGUCAACAAAAUCUAUGAAGAAUUGCAAGAUUGUAAAAAGAAGGUCGUGCGGGCUGAAAUCAUAUAUGAAAACUCAAAAAAAGGCCCAAAACCUGUGAAACCGACUCACAGAACUGGGUUCCUUGGUCUCCUUGGUAAGAAGGUGGAUUCAAUUGAAUACUACAAUGACAAGAUCCGUGAGUUGACCCCAAAACUUGAGGCUGCACAGAAAGUAACUCUUAAAGAGAAGCAACAGGGUUCGGCCAUUGUCUUUUUCACUAGCCGGGUUAAUGCGGCUUCAGCCGCUCAGAGUGCACAUGCACGGAUGAUUGACACAUGGACAGUCAUCGAUGCUCCUGAACCACGACAAAUCUUAUGGAGUAACCUCCCUAAAACUUUUUAUGAAAGAGAGACACGACAAUACGUUGUAUACUUUAUUGUUUUCUUGACGAUAUGCUUUUACAUGAUCCCCAUUGGGCUGAUUUCUGCUUUCACGACUCUUCCAAAUUUGAAAGAGUUGAUGCCCUUUUUGAGUUCUAUUCUUGAUCAGGAAACAAUUAGAACAGUGCUGGGAGCUUAUCUCCCUCAGAUUGCUCUUAUCGUAUUUCUAGCUUUGCUGCCCAAGUUCCUUUUGUUUUUAUCGAAGGCUGAAGGGAUUCCAUCAGAGAGUCACGCAGAGAGGGCUGCCUCAGGGAAAUACUUUUAUUUCUCAGUGUUUAAUGUGUUUAUUGGUGUUACAAUUGGUGGAACUCUUUUCGAAUCUUUCAAGGAAAUUCAGAAAAAACCAAACACCAUACCUGAAAGGCUAGCAACGAGCCUUCCUGGGAACGCUACUUUCUUUUUGACUUUUGUGGCUCUCAAAUUCUUUGUUGGUUACGGGCUUGAGUUGUCAAGAUUAGUUCCUUUGAUUAUAUUCCAUAUCAAGAAGAAGUAUCUGUGCAAGACCGAAGGAGAUGUGAAAGAGGCUUGGUACCCUUCCGAUCUUGGAUACGCAACCAAAAUUCCCAAUGACAUGCUUAUUCUCACAAUUACCCUUUGUUACUCUGUCAUCGCUCCUCUAAUUAUUCCGUUUGGUGCAAUAUACUUCGGACUAGGAUGGCUGGUAUUUCGAAAUCAGGUCCUGAAAGUCUAUGUCCCAAAGUAUGAGAGCUACGGAAGGAUGUGGCCACACAUGCAUGCACGCAUCUUAGCCUCCUUGGCACUAUUCCAAGUCACAAUGGUCGGGUACUUUGGAGUAAAGGAGUUCCACUUCACCCCUGUCAUCAUCCCACUCCCAAUAAUGACCAUCAUCUUUUCAUUCGUUUGUAGCAAGAAAUUCUACCGGUUUUUCCAAUCCACGGCACUAGAAGUUGCCUGUCACGAGUUGAAGGAGACACCAAACAUGGAAAUCGUCUACAAGUCCUUCUUACCACCAAGCCUUGUCCCCGAAAAGCAUGAUGACCAGCAGUUUGAAAAGCAUGAUGACCAACAGUUUGAAAAGCAUGAUGACCAACUGUUUGAGGAGAACGUUUAAAGAGAAAACAACCCAAGUUUGUUGAUAUGUGUAUGUAUCAUUGCUUCACCAGUAGCAUGAUGGAUGUGUAGUAGAAUGAAAGUUUUAUUUGAAAUGAUUUGUUUGUUGAUAUUUAGUUCUUAGUUAUUGCUAUAGGGGGGUCAGUCACUUUGAUUAUUUUGGUCCUCCUGGGCUCAGUUUCAACUACAUAAUAUGAUGUGCUGAUUCUGGAA